CCUCUCCUCAACAGGUUUAAACUUUCCCAGCGGUAAGCUAUCAAUUCUCAUAGCAAAGCCCAAAACAAGCAAAGGCUUUUGUUUGUAUCUUCACUUCUUAGUUUUUCCAGGAAAAUGUCGGCGGGGCUUGGAAAAUGCAGCAAAAUCCUCCGCAUUGUGAGGCUCAUGCAAAUGUUGCGUCGGUGGAGGAACAAGGCUAGCAGCAUGUCAGCCAGCCCCAUCCCGUCCGAUGUGCCGUCGGGACACGUGGCGGUCUGCGUCGGUACGAGUUGCAGGAGGUUCGUGGUGCGUACGACGUACCUGAACCAUCCCGUCUUUAGGAAACUCCUUAUCCAAACCGAGGAAGAGUAUGGGUUCACUAACCAAGGCCCAUUGGCGAUCCCCUGCGACGAGUCCGUUUUCGAAGAAGUGAUACGGUUUAUUUCCCAGUCAGAGUCGAAUCACUCGGACUUUAAAGAGAACUGUCACAUGGGAAUCAGGACUAAGCUUGAUUUGUGGACCGAAUCUCGACCGUUACUUCAUGGGUUCACUGAGAAAACAAUAUGUAAUUAAAGAAACAGUGGAAAGAGAAAGGAAAGGCUUUGAUUCUUACCCGGGGUUUUUGACUCAGUUUCGAGUUAGCUCGAGUGAGGAAUCAAUUAUACGCUGCUUAAACCAGUGAGUUGGCCGAGUUAAGGAGCUGGUUACCAAUUCUUGGGGUUUUACUUACCACACUGAAAAGGCUAGUUGGUGGGGAUUUUACAUUUUUUUUCUCAAAAAUUAUGAGCUGAGUCAAUGUAAAUUAGCUCCGGAGAAUGCUUCGAGAUGGCAGAAAAGGUCGGUGAGUUAUCCGCCAAGUCGUCCCGGGUUCGAAUCGGAGUAGGGCAAAAAGUGGUCAAGAAUUUGAGACAACUGAAUUCAUGAAGAAGAAAGAAAAGAAAAGAUAUGAAGUGAUAGUUAAUUAAAAAUCACUGCUG